CAACUUGAACUUGUCGACUCUCGUUCCCCUCGCCGCCGACUUGAACAAUCUCACAGCUGCUCUGACCAGGACCGUCGAGCGUUAUUAUCUGCGCUUUGCCCCGACCAGCACACCACAGCCGUCACACGAGCCGACCACAGCUUUCGAGAAACUCGCCACGGCCUUGAUCGACUUUGCAUCUAGCCGCACCGCAUUCGAGAACACGUCCAUCUUUCUCGCCCUCAGCACUUUCGUCUUCCUCAUCAUGUCUUGGGCCUCGCGCUUAGGCAACUUGGGCCGCUUCUCGCCAUUCACGCGGUCGCCGCCCCAAGGAUCAACAAAAGUCAGCGAUGCCGAUUUCAGCUACAUUACCGCAGACGACUUGCGCAGACAUCAGGCAGAGUCCAUGAAUGCACAGGGAGACACCGAAGACUAUGGGCCGCCACGUGACACCGAUGUUCUGAUACUACGAAACAAGAAGCAAGAAUAUGCUGUCCACUUUCCCGCAUAUAGCAUUGCAAAGGGGGAGCUCAACAUUGGCCAGGUACGAGAUCAGGCCGCGAAAAAGACUGGCGUAGGCGACCCCCGUCGGAUCAAGCUUUUGUACAAGGGCAAGAAUCUCAAAGACGACUCAAGAGCUGCCAAGUCAGAAGGUCUCAAGGAUGGGGCAGAACUUAUGUGCACGAUCGCCGAGCCCAUGUCCCCCAGCGAUAGCGACGAGGACGAUGAAUUUGGAGACGCCUUAAUUGAGUCGGGAACUGCUGAUGGCGAGACAAGGCGGAAAAGGAAUAGAGGAAAGAAGACCAGGCGUCGAAACAAGCGGGGAGAGCGUGACGGCGCGUCUGGAACGUCCACGCCCCAGCCCGGCCAACCUAACCUUGGCGUACCAAACAGCCAGCAACCUUCCCGUACACAAUCUCCACGUCCGGCAGCAUCGCCUGCCUCGCCUUUCGACAAGCUGAACGCUCUUCACCAAAAGCUCCAGAGCUACAUACCUGACUGUGAAAAGUUUCUUGCCGCACCGCCGACCGAUCACGCCAAGAAAGAGUUUGAGCACAAGCGGCUGACCGAGACGAUACUCGCUCAAGUGCUCCUCAAACUUGACGGCGUCGAGACUGAAGGUGAUGAAGACGCUCGGUCGCAAAGGAAAGCUCUUGUGAGAGAGACUCAGGCCGUGCUCAAUCGGUUGGACGCCAUGAUGAAGUCAUCAUAA